UUGUUCUUCCGAGAAUCUGAAGUGAGCCAGACUACCUAAGCCCCGUCUUCUCGUCUCGUCUCGUCUCCUCUCCUCCUAACUUUAAAACACGACGGCAACGCCCCGUCUAGCUCGGCUCAUCCCAUCUCAUCUCCCCCUCUACUGCCUCCGUACGCAGCGCGCGCGGCGGCCGAGGCAGAACACGACGCCAACGGACGGAUUUUUAAAGCGCGCCCGCCCCGCCGUGUCCGUCUCUCCUCUCCUCCCCGCACUUCGCCCGUGUCAGCUAGCUCCCGCUUGCCUCGUCGGCCAAAGCAGCAGCAGCAGCAGUAGAGCACGCGCGUGUCACUCUCCAUGGCUGCGGCGCGCGCGCUGCUGUCCUCCCGUCUGCUGUUGGCGGCGGCGGCGGCGGCGCUUCUCUUCUUAGCCUGCGCCGCCGAGGGAGCGGCGGCUGUGGCGGCGGGGAGCUCCGGGGGAAGGCGGAGGCAGCUGCAGCGGCAGCAGCGGCAGGUGCAGUACCACCUCAAGCGGCUCAACAAGGCGCCUCUCGCCAGCAUUCAGAGCCCAGAUGGAGACAUCAUAGACUGUGUGCCCAUCUCCAAGCAGCCAGCAUUUGAUCACCCUUUCCUCAAGAACCACACCAUCCAGACAAGGCCUGCAUACCACCCAGAAGGCUUGUAUGAUGAAUCCAAGGUUGCAUCCCAGAAGAACACGCAAACAAUCACCCAAAUGUGGCAUCGGAAUGGCAAGUGUCAAGAGAACACAAUACCAAUCAGGAGAACCAAGAAGGAGGAUGUCCUGAGGGCCAGCUCUGUCAAGAGGUAUGGCAAGAAGUUGCACAAGAGCACCCCAAACCCCAUGUCUGUUGAACCUGACAUGCUCAAUGAGAGUGGCCACCAGCAUGCAAUAGCAUAUGUGGAGGGGGAUAAGUACUAUGGAGCCAAGGCCACCAUCAACGUGUGGCAGCCAAGCAUUCAGCAGGGCAAUGAGUUCAGCCUUUCCCAGCUCUGGAUCUUGGGGGGUUCCUUUGGGCAGGACCUCAACAGCAUUGAAGCAGGAUGGCAGGUUAGCCCAGACCUGUACGGGGACAACAACACUAGACUCUUCACCUACUGGACUAGCGAUGCUUAUCAAGCAACGGGAUGCUACAACCUGCUUUGCUCAGGGUUCAUCCAGACAAACAACCAGAUAGCCAUGGGCGCCAGCAUCUUCCCUAUUUCCAACUAUGGUGGCUCCCAGUAUGAUAUCAAUAUUUUGGUCUGGAAGGACCCAAAGGAGGGCAAUUGGUGGCUGCAGUUUGGCAAUGACUACGUCUUGGGCUACUGGCCAUCCUUCCUCUUUUCAUACUUGGCAGACAGCGCCUCCAUGAUCGAAUGGGGCGGCGAGGUGGUGAACACGGAGCCUGACGGCAGUCAUACCUCCACGCAGAUGGGCAGCGGCCACUUCCCGGAGGAAGGGUUUAGCAAGGCCAGCUACUUCAAGAACAUCCAAGUGGUGGACUCAUCCAACAAUCUCAAGGCGCCAAAAGGAAUUGGUGCAUACACUGAGCAAUCCAACUGCUAUGAUGUGCAGAACGGAUACAAUGGCGACUGGGGCGCUUACUUCUACUAUGGGGGCCCCGGGAAGAACUCCAACUGUCCAUAGCAAAGAACUGAACUGCCUUCCAAGCCCUAACAACAACAGCACCCCCUUGACACCUCUGUAUUAUCCAGUAAAUUAGUUUACACCUCUCAAUUCUUUCUUUUUUUAUUUUUGUUGUUGUUUCAAGUUUUCCCCGGCCAAGUUCAUUAGCUUCUAGGCAAGGCAAGUGUUUUGACAUGUGAGUUUGUUCUCUACCUCAGAGAUGUUGGUCUGGUUCUAGGGAGGAGUGUGUGGUCAAGUUUCUGAAGAGAAACAGGCCUGUUUGGUUUGGUCUGGUUCUAGGGAGGAGUGUGUGGUCAAGUUUCUGAAGAGAAAAUAAUUUUGUUCCUCCUAUGUCACCAACCUCUCUGCUGGGCUGGUUGCUGAGUUACUACAAAAAUUGAAUUGAUUAA